AAAUUUGAUCUACGAUCUGUUCAUGUAUAACUUUACAUUCGUUCCUGAACACUAAGAGAUACAAGUUUCGUCUUUUGUAUUAAAAAAUAACACUAUGUUGGCAAAAAUAUUUUUGGUCGUUUUCCUAACGACUAGUGUCGUGACAUUGGCUAAGGAUGACCAUGAAAGCGAACUUGUCAACUCAGUCCUUGGAACUGGAACUGUAUUAAUGAGAGAAGCUUCAAAAUAUGUAACAGAUGACUCUGAUAAAUACUCCUUAGACUUGAACGCUUUAUACAAAAAAUAUGAAAUCGCAGCAAAGGCCGAGCAAGCUAGAAACUUUCUCCACUCUCAGAUAAAAAGAAGUUUUGAAAUUACUAAUGAAUACGUAAAGAAGAUGGAUAUUGAAGGCGAAGAACAAUUAAAGAAGAGUAUUGAUAUAAUUAAGAAGGAAGACUCCGUGUUAGGAGAAAAAUUAACUAAAUUUUACGAUAAGUCUUGUGACUUGGACAGAUUAUCUGAAGAUAUUAUCAAGUACGUAUUGGACGCAGAUAAAUUUAGUGGUGCAUUUGACAAAGCCAAGGCUGCACUCCGCCCAAUAGAACACAAAUUGGCCGAUUCAAUCAAAAAGUUCGAGACCGUCGUUCUUGAACAUCUGCCAAAAAAAGGAAAGAAAUAGGAAUAUUUCAACAACAAUUUCCAUUUCCAAUCAUUAUUGAACUAUAUAAAUAAUAUUUAACCUAGUUUUUGUGUUUUCAAUAUUGUAUUACUACAUUUAAAUUAAAAAUAUACAAUUUAUGUUUAUGCCUAAA